AUGGCCGAUGCAAUCCUCUAUGGCGUUGUGCAGACGAUCAUUGAAAGCUUGGGCUCUUCCACUCUCAAUCAGAUUGGAUCGAUCUGGGGUGUCAACGCUGAGCUCGAAAAAAUGAAAAAAACUAUUUCCACCAUUCAAGCUGUACUUGAGGAUGCAGAGGAGCAGCAGGUCAAUAACCACCAAGUCAAGGAUUGGCUCAUGAAGCUCAGAGAUGCAGUUUUUGAUGCGGAUGACUUGUUGAGCGAGUUCUCCACUCAUGUGUUGCAGCAAAAGGUGAUGGAUGGCGAUAAAAUUGUAAAGAAGGUACGCACUUUCUUUUCUAGUUCAAACCCAGUUGUUUUUAGUCUUGGGAUGUCUUGCAAACUAAAGGCUAUGAGGGAGAGGUUUAAUGAUAUAUCAAAUGAUAAGGACCAAUUUCAGUUGAAGUUAGAGACACGAGUUGUGAGUAGGGGGAGGGAUCAAACUCACUCUUUUGUACCUGAUGAAGAAGUUAUCGGGAGAGAAACGGAUAAGCAAGCCAUCAUAGAUCUGUUGUUGGACUUUGAUGUGGAAGAUAAUGUUUCAUUCAUAUCGAUAGUGGGAAUUGGUGGGCUAGGAAAAACCACACUGGCCCAAUAUGUAUUCAAUGAUAAGAAGGUCCAAACUAAUUUUGAAUUGAAGAUAUGGGUGUGUGUCUCUGAUGUCUUUGACAUUAAAACAAUUGUUGAAAUGAUAAUUGGAUCUACAACUGGUAGAAAACCCGUAAACCUAGACAUGGAUCCAUUGCAAAAUGAACUUCGUAGAACUCUCAACCAAAAGAAGUACUUACUUAUAUUGGAUGAUGUCUGGAAUGAGGAUAGUGAAAAUUGGCAUAAUUUGAAAAGACUUUUGAUCGGUGGUGCAAAGGGAAGGAUCAAUCCUGGUCAUUAUUGA